UUCUCCCGGGCUGGGCUGACGGCUGCGGUUGGGAACUUGGAUUUCGUACGUGAGUGGCGGGCGCGCGGCGGCCGUUUGGCCGACAGAUCAAGAAGACAUCAGGCUGUUAUCCAGUUGUCAUAGUUGGAUCGCAUUCUACAAGUCUUCAAGACUUCCAGUGGUGUUAAAGUGUAAGCUGUGACAAUGACAACUGAAGUUGGCUCAGAGACUGAAGUAAAGAAAGAUUCUGAGCAGGUGGGACCAGACAAAGCCAAAGGCAAGCCUGAAGAAGCCUCAGAGACUCCAGGAAAUGAUAAGUCCAGGAAAGCAUCCUCUGAAGAAACUCAAGAUUCACCAGUCCCAGCACCAACUAGCCCUACUAGCCCAAGGAGCCAGAAAAAGGAAAAAGAUUCAUCUGAAAGCAAGGGUAUUUCUCGCUUCCUUCCUCCCUGGCUUAAGAAACAAAAAUCCUAUACAUUGGCAGAGCCCAAAGAUGAGGCCAAGAAAAGAGUAACAGGGGAAGAACAAGUAGCUGAAGAAAGCGAAAGCCAUCCAUCCGAGGGGAUGGCUCAACCAAAAAGGAGCUUAGAAAUAGUGGCUGAAAAUAAUGCUAAAGGAGAUGACAAAGAAGAAAAACACUCUGUUAGUAGUGCAGAAACACAGCCUGCCAAAGAAGAUGGGAAAGAAGUUGAAGUAGAAAAGGUUGCAGAAGAAAAAGAAGAGAAGGAAAAAAGGGAGACAAAAGAAGUGCAGACAGCUGAAAGUAUUCCCCAGAAGCCUCCUAAGAAAAUUAAAACCGUGCAGUGUAAAGUGGUGCUCCUGGAUGGCACAGAAUACAGCUGUGAUCUAGAGAAAAGAGCAAAAGGACAAAUUCUAUUUGACAAAGUGUGUGAACAUCUCAAUUUACUGGAAAAGGACUAUUUUGGGCUGUUGUUUUAUGAGAAUUCAGAUCAGAAGAACUGGCUAGAUUCUUCAAAGGAAAUUAAGAGACAAAUUCGAAGUUUACCUUGGCUCUUUACUUUUAAUGUGAAAUUUUAUCCUCCUGACCCUUCUCAAUUGACUGAAGACAUCACUAGAUAUUUCUUGUGCCUACAGCUUCGCCAAGAUAUUGCCUCUGGUCGACUGCCAUGUUCUUUUGUGACUCACGCCCUCCUGGGUUCAUAUACCCUGCAGGCUGAAAUGGGUGAUCAUGACCCAGAGGAGCAUCGUAGUGACUACAUCAGCGAAUUUCAAUUUGCACCCAAUCAAACUCAAGAAAUGGAGGAGAAAGUAGCUGAGUUACACAAAACACACAGGGGCCUGACUCCAGCACAGGCGGAUUCUCAGUUCCUAGAAAAUGCGAAGAGGCUCUCAAUGUAUGGAGUGGAUUUGCAUCAUGCCAAGGAUUCUGAAGGCGUGGAUAUCAUGCUGGGUGUAUGUGCUAAUGGACUGCUCAUUUACAAAGACAGACUGCGAAUCAACCGCUUUGCUUGGCCAAAAAUUCUAAAGAUUUCCUAUAAGAGAAGUAAUUUCUACAUCAAAGUCAGGCCAGCAGAACUGGAACAGUUUGAGAGCACUAUUGGAUUCAAACUGCCAAACCAUCGGGCCGCUAAGAGGUUAUGGAAGGUUUGUGUGGAGCACCAUACUUUCUUCAGACUUUUAUCACCAGAACAGCCUCCAAAAUCAAAGUUUCUAACCUUGGGUUCCAAGUUCCGCUACAGCGGGCGUACGCAAGCACAGACACGACAGGCUAGCAACCUCAUAGACAGACCGGCUCCUUACUUUGAGCGCUCUUCAAGCAAACGUGUUUCCAGAAGCCUUGAUGGUGCUCCCAUGAGUAUCUCAGACCAAAGUCUAAGAGACUUCCAUACUACGAGAGGGCAGCCUGGAGGAGACAAAAUCAUUGACCUUGAAGCUGCUGGACAAGCCAAGUUGAAAGAAGGUGGCAGAGAAGAUGAUGGAAGCCCACUCAAAACUCCACAAUUAGAGUUGAUUCAGGAUGGAAAGAGCAAUUCGUUGAGAGUAGACGGGGAAAAUAUUUAUGUCAGACAUAGCAAUUUAAUGUUGGAGGACCUGGAUAAGACUCAGGACGACUUACUGAAACACCAGGCUAGCAUUAGUGAGCUCAAGCGCAAUUUCAUGGAAUCCACACCUGAACCACGCCCCAAUGAGUGGGAAAAGCGGCGUAUCACACCUCUGUCCCUACAGACACAAGGGAAAAAAGGAGACCACAUUUUCCAAGUGAAAACGCUGCCUGGAAAGGAGAAGCAAUGGACUGCAAUGCCAUCAAUUUCUGGAACAAAACCAGAGGAAACUGAUAAGAAACAUGCUUCCAGAGCAGAAGGACCUUGCACUGAAGUCAGCAAUGCUGAUAAGAGUUCACAUGAGACUCUGGACAUAGUGGAGGAGAAGAAGCAGGCAGAGGUUGGGAUAGAAGAAACACUAGUCAUAGACGAAACCAACAAAGGGAAAAUACAAGUUGCCACUGAUGCUGGGGAAACAUGUAAGGUGGAGCACUUGACAAAAAAGGACUCUUCUUCUUUGCCAUCAGAUAGUAGUAGCAGCAGCAGUAGUAGUGAGAGUGAGGAUGAAGAGGUGGGAGAAUACCAGCCACAUCACAGGGCUGUUGAGGAAGUCAUCAGAGAAGAACAGGAAGAAGAGGAAGAUGUGAAAAGGAAAGAACAUGAAGAAAAAACACAGCACAUGGAAGCCACACCAGAAGUCAGUCAGCUAACUGUACCAGCUGAGCACACACAAGAAGUUGCAGCUGAAGAUCUGGUUCAGGAAAAUGCAACUACAAUACCUGCAGAGGAGAAGAAUUUGUCAGAGGAAAUUAAGCAAGGCCUAGGUGAAGAAAAGGAGGAGGAACAGCUCAAACUCAAUGGAGAUGUGUCUCAUGUUGACAUUGAUGUUUCAUCACAAGUAAUUUGUUGUUCUGAGCCUCCAGUAGUGAAAACAGAGAUGGUAACCAUUUCAGAUGCCACACAGAGAACUGAAAUCUCCACAAAAGAAGUUCCAAUUGUUCAAACAGAAACUAAAACCAUCACAUACGAAUCCCCACAGUUUGAUAGCAGUGCUGGUGGCAGUGCUGGUGUGCUGCUGAGUGCACAGACAAUUACAUCAGAGUCAAUUUCUACUACCACAACUACACACAUCACAAAGAUGGUUAAAGGUGGUGUAUCGGAAACAAGAAUUGAGAAACGAAUUGUUAUUACUGGAGAUGCAGAUAUUGACCAUGAUGAGGCUCUGGCACAAGCAAUCAAAGAAGCCAAAGAACAGCAUCCUGACAUGUCUGUCACAAGAGUAGUGGUGCACAAAGAAACUGAACUUGCUGAGGAAGAUGAAGACUAAAAUGUAAAAUGCCCUCAGGCAAAUAUUUCAGAAACAAAAAUUAUGCUGGCCAUGAUCAUAACCUUGAAGAACUGUGAUCAUCACUGCUCAACUGAAUACACCAAGCCUACCAACGAUGACCAGAAUUUUAAGAAUGAGUUGCCAAUACCAAACUCAAUUUUAACAUCUUUGGCCUAUAAUCCCUUACAGGUUUUCUUGUUUAUUUUUUUAUAACCACUUCUUAACAAGCUUAGUUUUUUUAAUGACACUGUAGAGGGUAUUUCACAAAUAUUUGCAUUUCUGAAGCUGAUUCUUGAAUAUGAAAGUGAACAAAAAAAGGGUUUGGAAAGUACUGUUCACUGGAGCAGGUGGUAACUGUGCAGAAAAGGGGUUCUUAACUAAUUUAGAUGUAGGUUUUUCCCAAAUAUUUCAAUGAAAUCUCUUUCUGAAGUAAUUUACAGAUUUUUUUUCUUUUUUUUUUUUUUUCAGAUUAUUCAGGUAAAUAUAUGGUCUCACAUAACAAAGCUUUUUUAAUAAAAAUACAACCUUUACUAAAAUUUGAAAAUAUAUAUUUCUUUGGAUAAAUUUUGUACUGGUAUCUCCUGUAACUCCUUCUGUUCCAAGAUUCUCCUCUCUGUGGGGCAGAGAUGGUGUGGCAGUCUGUAGAGGAGAAAGAGUUACAAAGAAAUUUCUUUUGACUCAGCACUGUGUUCUCUUUGCACUUUGGUGCCAAUGCUCAACUUCUUGUAGACGUUUUGCUGUCUGCAACAUUCCAGAUAGGGAGAGAAAGAAUAUCAAAAUAUCUUCUUCCAACAAGAGAUCUAGGCAGCUUAAAACCUUAGUGCUUUUUUUUUUUUCUUACUGUGUCCAAACUUCAACACUUCCAUUAUUUGAAUACACGUGUAGAAUGCUUGCUUUCUAUUAAAUCUCACUGCCUACAUGUUAGAACUGACAUUUGUUAUUGAGAAGGUAUAUGUUUCAGAUACUUUGUCUAAUGGUUAACACAGGUUUUUAAGGACACUGAGUAAAAGUAUGAGGUGGAUUCCAUUCAUAAAGUAGUAAGACAGAACCAUCGUUUGAGACUGCCAUUGAAAAAACCUGUUAAUUAUUUUGGAUUUCAUUUUUAUUUAGUUCUUGGGGAGGGGGGGAGGAGGUUGGUUGUUUUUUGGAGUUGUUUUUGUUUUGUCUUUGUUUUGCUGUUUGACUCUGUGUAUAGUUAAAAUGCCAAAUUAGAUUUUAUAGCAGCUUGAAGUUGUAUUAAGUGAUAUUUUUGCUUUCUGUAAUUCUGUUAUAAAAUAAAGUUGUUUAUUCUCUGUA